UCUCUUGUGCACAACAUAAUUCACGAGCUUGAAUGAAAUUCUAACAUAUUGACAUUAUCUUUGUAUGUUUAAUAGAUCUAAGAUUGGAAAUUUGUGUUAGUGUUCUUUUACUUACUGAUUAAUCCAACUCAUCCUUUUUUGCAGAUGUGUGGGAACUCAAGUUACUUUAACAGUUGGUUGUCCAAAUUUAUUUUGGUGGACUCCAGAAUUUACUCUUAAAGCCUUAUCCUCCCGAUCAAGAAUCUACAAAUGAAAAUCCUAUCCAAAUUAUGAUGCAUCACUGUAGAUGUCACUGGCACGCUCAUGGCCUACAAAGGGGAGCUUGGUGACUAUUACUGCAUGGCUGCCAAAUCAGUCGGUCUUCCAUGUCCCGACUAUAAGCGCGUCCAUGAGGGCUUUAAACUUGCAUAUACAGAAAUGGCAAAAAUAUCCAUGCUUCGGAUAUACUGCCAAAAUGCCAAACAUUGUAUGGUGGAAAACUUGCGUGAGAAAUUCAUUUGUCCAGGCAGGUUAUGAGUAUGAUGAAGAGACAUUUGAGGAGAUAUUUAGACGCAUAUAUGCAUCUUUCGGUUCAGCUGCACCUUACACCGUCUUUCCAGACUCCCAACCAUUCUAGAGAUGGGGAUUUGUCCUAUAAUCGGUUAACAGGGAAAAUUCCAUUCAACAUUGGUUUCCUGCAAGUGGUCACCUUGUCAUUGCAAGGUAAUCAGCUGUCAGAGCAAAUUCCAUCUGUGAUUGGUCUCAUGCAGGCCCUUGCAGUCUUAGAUCUGAGCUGUAACAUGUUAACUGGACCCAUCCCUCCUAUUUUGGGAAAUUUCACCUACAUGGAAAAACUGUGCGUUAUCCUCGAUACUUGCUAUCAUUUUUUUACACUUGUACUUAAUUUUAGGGGUCACGUUGGCAUCUUUCUUGUGCUGGUUUAAGCUUGACCUGGGUAUGAAACAUGUUGUAGGUACUUGCAUGGCAACAAACUGACCGGACAAAUCCCUCCAGAGCUUGGAAAUAUGUCAAAGCUUCAUUAUUUGUAUGCUUAGUUUCUCAUAUAUUGGAUUGUUUUGAAGCUAUGCAUGUGAUUUCAUCUGCAUGGGGAGUCCAUUUCUGCAACUUUUUUACUGAUUGAGGAUCUUUAUAACUAUUUCAUUCUCCUGUUCUAUGUAACUUUCCAAGUCCACUCUCAUGAUAAUUGUGGCAUCCUUCAUAAGCUUUAAUAAACAUCAAUUAGAAUACGUUCUGCAUGUUUCAGGCCACUUAGAACAUCUUCUCACCCCUAGCCUGACUAUUCUGUAAGUUUAUUGUUGUCCCAUUGUUGUCCCCAAUGCUGCAUAGAUUAUAAUGGUACUAUAUUCUUUG